AUGGAAUCCACACAAGCUGUUGCAGAGCCCUUGGACUUGGUUCGUUUAUGUCUGGAUGAACGCGUUCAUGUAAAGCUUAGAGGAGAUCGCGAAUUGUUUGGUCGUCUACACAACAUGGUUCUCGGUGAUGCUGAAGAGGUCAUUACUAGCGUGGAGGACUUGGUGACAGGCACUGUUGAUGGUAUUCCCAAAACUAUCCGUAAACACUCUGAAAUGCUUUUUGUUAGAGGCGACUCUGUCAUUUUAAUUUCGCCUCCUAAAUCAGAAGCAUAA